UCACUUUUGAUUGUUCCCCGUCGUUGUCGGCCAAUACAGCGUUAAGCUCUGGUAGAGCGGUACCAGAUAUUAUUCAAAUCACUGAAUAACUCAGAGUAAGUGGGAGUGUUGCAGUCUACAGUGCAGAUCAUCCGCGAAGCCAAGAUGACCAAGCGCAAAGGAAAAAGUGCCAUUAAACAGGACGACAGUUUGCUGCUCUUGGAGAAGCCAUCUGUAACACCACAGAGGGGAUUUAAAGAAUAUGCUGUCCCUGCCAUUGUCAUCUUUAUUUUCGCUGUCGGGGGAUCAUCGGCACUCUGGUUCUCCAUUCAGCAACAGCAAACCAUCGACAGUCUGACAGAGACAGUCAAUGCAAUGCAACUUAGGAUAACCAAGUUCCAACAGCAGUUGGGGAUGGGUAAUGCACAGAUCGCCGAUGUGGGUGUUUUUGAAGAGCGUCUACAAACACUGGAAGAGGCCUACACGCAGGCCCAAAAAAAGGCAGACGUCGCCCUGGCCACCUCAGAAAAAAUCCAAUCUACUGAUCUUCAAAGCCAAGUCUGGUCUCUUCAGUCUGAGAUGAAUGGCAGACUUUCUGAACUCCAGCAAGAGUUUGUUUCAACUGCAGCAUUGAAUGCAGUGGCCAAGAAUAAGACUGAAGAGAUUGAAACUCUGAAGCAGAGGCUUAGUUCUAUCCUCACUGCUAACACUGACGUAGCUGUUACCAUUUCUGGGCUCACAGACACUGUUUUGGUCACCAAAUCACGUCUCGACGAGCAGAUGUCUACUGUAGAGGGUCUCACAUCUGAGUUGGAGGAACAAAGAAUGGAACUUAAAAGCUUGAAGGAAUAUUUUGUUAGAAACAAGAAGGCUCUUGAAAGGAACAGACAAGAGGUGAUGGACAUCAAGGAUCUGCUGGAGAUGGAACAGACAAGAAGAUCCCAAGCUCUUGAGGAGCAGCUUGUGGCUGUCCGUAGGAAUCUGGAGGACCAUCAGAAGAGUACUCACAGCCUUCACUCUCACCUUGCUUCCCAGCUUGAUAUCGUCCAGAAUCAGGUGGUAUCUGAAAGCCAGCAGCCAAGUUCAGAGGAAAAUAUUCCAGUAGAAACCCAGCAAGUGGAGCAAGCAGCAACUCAGGAGGAAGUUCCAAUCAAGGAUCAAAAGGAUCAAACCGUUACUGAGGAGGAAACCGUAACCGACGAGGUUCAUGUUGAAGAAGGCGAGCAAUUGGUACCUGAGGAGAAAGUGCCAGCUGAGGAUGUUCAGGUCCACAGAGAAGAACCUGCUGAAGAGCAUGCCGAUGUGAAGAAAAUUCCUGAGGAAGAUCAAGUAAAAAAAGAUGCAUCUGAGGAGCAAGUAGUAACCGAAGAGGAUGAACAAGCUGAUGAGGUUCCAUUCCACAAGGAAGAAGUUGAGGAGGAAGCAGUAACUCAACAGGAUGAAAUAUCUGAGGAACUGCGGGUAUCUGACGAGGAGGAACCAGAGGAGGAGGUUCAAGUCCUGGGGGAAGAAGAAGUUAUUGAGAAGCAAGUAGUAACUGAGGAGAGUGCGAAACACGAGGAAGUUCAGAUCAAGGAUGGAGAUGCUUUUGAGGAGCAAGCACUAACUGAGACGGAUGAAAUAACUGAGGAGAUUCCAAUCCAAGAAGAAGAAACUGUCAUGGAGCAAACAGAAAGCAUUCCUUCCGAGGAAGACCCAACUUCCACGGAGGAGAUGGAAAUUAAGGCAAGUGUGGCCGAGGCUGUGGAGAACUUCUCACAAGAUCAUGCAGAUGAAGAUAUCAGUCAGGAGGAGACACCACAGGAGCCACUUGAUGAAAUUGUGAAUCAGAAAGACUUGGAAGAAGAUGUGCCAGACUCUGAGGAGGAAGAAGAACCUGCUGAGGAAGAACUAGAUGAAAAAGACAUUUCAGCCAAUGAAAGUUACUAAGAUAACGAUUCAAAAUUAAAGACUUUUUCUGAGGACUUUAAAUGAUCCCUAUUCCCCACUGAAUUACGUGAAACAUGAUACUUCACAUUUGUUGAAAUGUUCCUCAGUCUUACUUUGUACUCAAAAGUGAACUUUGAACCUAGCAGCGAUUUUUCAUAUCCAGUGAUGGAUUUGGUUUUCUAGUGAUAUCUUGAAUUGUUCCGUUUACACUGAAAAUGUAGAUACGGUUGAUAUUGUUUUACUAGGUUACACAUUUAAAGAAUUGCAUUUCAUACAGUGGUUUGCCAGCUCACUAACCUCAGGAGUGUCACUUAAAUAAAACUGCUUUUUAUGUUUUUUACUA